AUGCACUGCUGCCAGGCCGUGGCCCUGGCCCUCACGGCCGCCCUGCUGCUGGUCUGCGGGCCUGCGAGCGCUCGCCCCCUGAGGCAGGACGCUGUGGGCAACUCCACAGCUGCUAACCCCGAGCAGCUGACUGCGUCCUCCUCCGUGUCUCCAUCUGCUCGCUCGACCACCAGCACUGCAGCCGAUGCCCUGCCCUCCUCACGCAAGCGGGAGCAGCAUGAUGCCACCACCGCCUCGCCCAACGCUGCCUUCUCAUCGGCCGCCCGCACCACCGCACCCGACGUCUCCCAUACCCCCACGCCCAGCUCCACCCCAACCCCCAGCUCCAACACUACCCCCGCCCCCAGCUCCACCACCGCCCCCACCCCGCCGGCAGCAGCCGACGACGGCUCCUCCGGCUGCCCAGACGUGCAGGCCGCACUCGACGCCCACAACGCAGCGCGUGCCCGCCACGGCGCCCAGCCGCUGACCUGGAGCAGCAGCCUGGCGGCCGCUGCCCAGAAGGCCUCCGCCAGCUGCGUCAUGCAGCACACCAGCGGCGGCGAGAACCUGGCCAUCGGCGUGGGCAGCUGCAAGGCCGCCGUCAGCCUGUGGCUGCAGGAGGAGAGCCUCUGCCCCAACGGCUGCGACUGGGAUGCCUCAACUGGCCACUUCACCCAGGUGGUGUGGAAGGCUACCACGGAAGUGGGCUGCGGCUUCCAGGCGUCCUGUGGCUACGUGGUGUGCCGCUACUCGCCUGCGGGCAACGUGCUGGGCUGGUUCGGCGCCAACGUCUCCUGA